CUUUUCUGAUCUCCUCUUCCCAGGCUGUGAGCUGACUGCCAGUACCAAAUCCUACACAUUUCAGGUGGAUGAGGAAGAUGACUCUGACCACGUUUUGGCCCUGUCUGUGGUCUGCCUCACAGACGGUGCCAAGGAUGAGUGCAACGUGGUGGAGGUCGUUGGGCGAAACCACGAGAACCAGGAGAUUGCUGUGCCUGUGGCGAAUCUGAAGUUGUCAUGCCAGCCCUUGCUCAGUCUGGACAACUUCAAGCUGCAGCCUCCAGUGACCUUCCGCCUGGCAGCAGGCUCUGGCCCGGUGCACCUUUCCGGCUGGCACCGGAUAGUGCACAGGGAAGAUGCUUCCUUUGAGGAGGACGAUGACUUGUCUGAUGAGGAGGAGGAGCUUCCUCCUAUCAAGCCAGCCAAGAAGUAG